AUGGAGGCACAAGAAGAAGAAAAUCAACACAGAGAAAUGCAACUACUCUCCCCACCACACGCGAAAUCCCAGCCGCCGCUCGACCUCCGGCUGUCCAUAAGCGUGGGCCCGCGCCUAACGAAGCUGCAGGACGUGGGCCCCGCGGAAGCCCUGAGGUGGGAGGUGGCCGAGCAGAUCCGGCUGGCGGCCGUGGAGAGAGCGUACGCAGAGCGCGUGCGGGAGCUGACGAGGCGCGAGAUGGAGGCUGCCCACAACGAGUUCGCCCGUGCGCGCGCCAUGUGGGAGAGGGCUCGGGAGGAAGUCGAGCUGGUCAACAGGAUGAAGGACCGCGCGGCUCGUGAGGUGGAGGUAACAUGCCAGUCGUGCCGCCAAAAGUUCAGUCCUUGA